AUCUCCCUUAAGAGCACAGAGCGCGCGCGCACACUCUCUCCCCGUUGGCUGUCGUCUCCCACACCCACAAGAGCCAUGUUGGAGGCAUCCGUAUCAUCCACUCCCUCAAUCUGGGCUGUCGUCUACAGUUGGUUCACUCCCACUGUCUUCUUCCUCCUCCUCCAGCUCAUGAUCGGCACCAUCUUCAUCACUUCCACCUUCGCCAACAGCAAACGCCACGACCAACCCCAAUCUCACGCUGACCAUCACCCUCAACAACUCCCCAGAUCUCCCUCUGUCUUGCAGAGACUCAAAUCCAUCAACUUCUACUCUUACCGAUCCCAAGAAUCCCCUCACCAUACCUCCGAAUUUCAUCCCGCCCAUGAAGCUCCACACCCUCCGCUUACGAGAUCCCCAUCCAUGCUUCAGAGGCUCAAGUCCAUCAACCUUUACGACUACUUCCCCACGGACCCUAUUUCUUCCAGGUUCUCUUCCCACGACGCCACUCAUUCGUACGCAACUCGUGAAUCGGAUCCCCAUUUUGACUUGCCCAAAUAUGCUCAUGAACCGGAGAGACACCAUUUGGACGGUGCCCCGGUGGUGGAGAGCGAUGGAGAGGGGGGAGAGGAGGACGGUGUCGGGGAAAUCCAGCAUCCCGAACCAGAUCGGUCUCUCGACGAAAUUUACAGCGAGUUACAAGGGGUUCAUGUGAGCAGGACCAAGUCGGACACGAAGCCGGCUUCUGGCGACGUGCCGGAAAAGCUCCCAAGGAAGAUGAAGAAGUCGGCGACCACAAAAUCGGCGUUCGGGCAUUUUAGGGAAGAAGACAUUGUUGAGAAUCGGCGGCCGGCGACGAUGAGAGAAGCGAAGGCGAGUGAGUCGGAGGCAGACGACGAGGUGGACGCAAAGGCGGACGAUUUCAUCAACAAGUUCAAGCAGCAGCUGAAGCUGCAGAGGCUAGAUUCCAUAAUGAGGUACGAGGAAGUAAUCCAGAGAGGGAGCGGAAACUAACGUGCGUGGAAUUGGAUUUUUUGGGGGCGUUUUGUGUUAUAAUUUUCAUCAUUAUGUGAGGAUUUGGUCCUGUAAAACUAGGGUUUCAUUGAUUUCCUGAUUUUGUGCUAAAAUGAAGCUAGUUCUGCGAUGCCUGGGGGUGUUGGAGCUUAAGAUGUUGACAUAUAUGGCCCUUAUUGUCA